AUGACUGCGGCUGAUUUGUUCGCAUUUUGCCAGCAGAUGAUGGCUACAAAUGAGAACUCUCGAAUCAAUGAGAAUACCCUUCACCUCGAUGGAUACGAAAGCUGUGACUACGUUCGAUGGGACCAACUACCAAGCUUGGAGGGAGGGGAAUCCAUGUGGACGCGGAGGUCAUCGGCGGCACUGACAUUAUUACGAAGAACCAACAUGAACCACCUCAGGACACUGACGCCUUAUAAAGCACAUUGGAUAGACCCGUACGGACGGACGACGAUUGGAGCGUUGGAACCAGACAACGCAGCUGCCCCAUGGCAGAAAAUUAGUAUUGAAUACGCUGUCUCCUUAGCAGAAGAGCGUAUGAAUGUAAUGAAGGAGCUUUCUACCCUCUAUGUCAAAGAUAAUGAUUAUCCUACCAACCAGAGGAGAUUUCGCUACCUAGUCGCACGUCAUAAGGAGUUAGCCAAUAAUAGGGACGAUUUCUACCAUGAUCUCUUCCUUAAUGGUCUACGAAAUCAUCGAAGAGCUUUCGUGAAGACUCGCCUUGACGAUUUUAUGCGACAGGCCAAAGACCCAAUUGUCAACAUAGAUAUAGAUGAUCUUAUGAAACAGUUGACCAAUCCUACAAGCAAGACCAAAGAUUCUGAGCGUACGAAGACCCCACAGGCCAACACGGCCACCAAUGACGGAAAUCAUCAGCCAAGUGCAUCCACAUCCACGAAGUGCGAAAUCUGCAAGCCCGCAGGUCAUGUGAAGAAGACCCGUUGGCGUCUGCACCCAGAGCUGGCGUCCAGUCGAUGGAGGGAGGCGAAUAAGGAUAAGAUUAUCAAGGACAUUGAUAACAGCGGACGAAAACAAAGAAAUAAGAAGGAUGAGGACAACGAUAAAAGAAGGGAUACGGAAGACAAAGCUAACGACAAAAAAUGCCGGAUCUUCUUGCCUUCCAACCAAGUGCCAACUCAGCGGUCGCCCUAUUCGUGUCAUCUGAAAUAUCGUCGAAGCCAUGGUGUCUUGACACCUGCACCAGUUUUCAUAUGA